AUGUUAUUUUUGCAUUUUGAAAUUCUGGCUGGAUUUAAACAUUUUGAUUUCACAGAGACAGAAGAAGAUGGGAGUGAGGAAAACUGCACAGAGCGCUCCAUAGAGGAGUUUCCCGGAAAUUUCAUGACUCUAGAGCAGACUCAGGCAGGGGGCGUGGUGGUACACAUACUUUUGGUACUGUACACACUUGGUGCCCUAUCUAUCGUCUGUGACGAUUAUUUCUGCGCCUCCCUUGAAGUCAUCUGUGAUGAACUACAUCUUAGACCGGAUGUUGCCGGGGCAACGUUGAUGGCCGCCGGAAGUUCUGCCUCGGAAUUCUUUACAACAAUUAUAGGUGUUUUUAUAGCGGAGAGUGAUAUAGGGGUGGGCACUAUAGUGGGAACAGCCGUAUUCAAUAUUCUGUUUGUGGUUGCAAUUUGUGGCCUUUUUGCUGGAAUGGUAGUACAUCUGACGUGGUAUCCUGUUCUACGUGACUGUGUCUUCUAUAGUAUAUCUGUAGCAGUACUUAUCAUCUCCAUGUAUGACAACCAGAUUCACUGGUAUGAAAGCCUCAUACUAUCGCUAAUGUAUGGGAUAUACAUCUUGAUGAUGAUUUUUAACUCGAGGCUGGAGAAUACAUUCUACGGGAUAUUCAAUAAAAUCACCAAAGGUAACCUAGAACAGGAUCUAAGGAAACAACCGGAAGUGGAGGACAGUCAGAUUCAACUGACUUCCGUUACACAAACAAAUGGAAAAUCGGGGGUAGUGAAUUCUACCAUUCAUCAACCAGAAGAGAAGAACUCUGAGUCACAAACAUCGGAAGAAGAAAAAGAAUCGGUUAAAAUUGAAUUGGACAACAAUUCCAUAAAAGAAUAUGAGUCUCCUUUUGAGAUGCCCAACCAGUGGAUUUUACGUGUGUUCUGGGUGAUAAUGCUUCCAAUGACAACGCUAUUCUUCGUCACAAUACCAGACUGCAGACGACAGGGAAAAUGGCGGAAAACUUACCCUUUGACUUUCCUUAUGUCAAUCUCAUGGCUGGGUGCUAUUUCUUAUGUACUGGUUUGGAUGGCAACUAUAGCAGGAGACGCUAUAGGGAUCCCUGAGUCUGUGAUGGGGUUGACUGUUUUGGCUGCGGGAGAGAGCGUACAGGACUGCUUAGCUAGUUUAUUUGUCGCCAGAGCAGGUUUCGGAGACAUGGCGAUAGCAAAUACUAUAGGAAGCAAUGUGUUUGACGUGUUGAUGUGUUUGGGGUUACCAUGGUUACUGAUGUCCGCCAUUUCUAGUGGAUCCGCUGUAAAAAUAAACAGCCGCGGACUAGUCUACUCCACCAUCACAGUUCUUUUGAGUGUCGUAUUACUUGUUGUUGCCAUACUGAUCAGUCGGUGUCGUCUGAACAAGAAGCUCGGCGCCAUUUGUACAGUUUUGUUUCUUGUAGUCAUUACAUUGUCUUGUUUAUACGAAACUAAUAUAAUUGGUAAUUUUGGUGUAAUUAAUUAUUGUCCAAGGGAAUGA